UCAAGAUGGCGCCGGGACUGCGGAGCCUGUUGGUGCUAGGCGCCCUGUGGAGCUCGGCGGCGGACUCCAGGGAGCCCGAGGUGCGCGGGGUCAGGCUGGAGAGCGGCGUCGGACACGUGUACAUGGAAGCCGGAGUUAUCAAAGCGAGACCAGGGGCCCGCUUCGACCUGAGGGUCUUCGGAUCGAACCUGAGGCGGGCCGUGUGGCCUUGGCUGGGCUUCAGCCGCGGCCUCACCUGCGACAACAGCAGCCUGGAGAAGAGCUGGCUGGGGCUGCCGGAUGAAGAGAGGCCGGCCAACGGCUCGGUGCUGGUCAGCGUACAGACCGGCCAGGCCAGCGCCACCGGUGUGUACUACCUGUGCGCCCAGGGCUCAGGAGGUCUGUGGAUGGCCCCUGGGGACUGGAAGACGCCGCUGGAGAUCCAGCCACAGGCCGGCGCGGGGAUUCUGGCUGUGUGGGGUCAGAUCCUGCUUCUGGUCCUCCUGCUCUUCUGCUCGGCUCUCUUUAACCUGCUUCAUCUCAGCGUCCUGUGGCUGGACCCUCUGGAGUUGCAGAUCAUCCGCCACUGCGGAUCCGAGAGGGAGAAGAGAAGCGCUAAGUCCCUGGAGCCCAUCAGGAAAAGAGGCAAUUUGGUUCUCUCAUCCCUGGUCCUAGGCAGUGUCUUAGCCAACUCGGCCCUGGGUGUCUUAUUUUACCGGGCCUUCGAUGCCAUCCUGCCUGCUAUAUUUGUUUGUGCAGCUCUGAUGUUCCUGCUUUGUGAGAUCCUUCCCUAUACCAUCUGCUCGCGAUAUGGCUUUGCCAUCGCCUCUAGGACCACCUGGCUGACUUGCCUUUUCAUAAUCAUCACCUUGCCCAUUUCCUUGCCUGUCGCCCUGGUGCUCGACUUGGCCCUGUGCCAGGAUAUCAGCACCUGCUACAUCCGAGAAAAGAUUCUGGACAUGCUGAGGUCCAGUGACCCGUACAGGGAGUUUGUCAAGGAGGAGUUCAGUCGAGGGGCUUUGAGGACUAAGGUGGUGGAGGACAUCAUGACCAACCUGAAAGAUUGUUUCAUGUUGAGUGCAGAGGCGGUGCUGGAUUUCAAUACCAUGUCGGAGAUCAUGCAGUGUGGACACACUCGAAUCCCGGUGUACGAAGAGGAGAGGUCCAACAUUGUAGACAUGGUAUACGUGAAGGAUCUGGCAAUGGUGGAUCCUGAGGACUGCACGCCUUUGAACACAAUCACCAAAUUCUACAAUCACCCUCUGCAUUUUGUGUUUAAUGACACCAAGUUGGAUGCUGUCCUGGAAGAGUUUAAGAAAGGCAAAUCCCACAUGGCAAUGGUCCAGAAAGUGAACAACGAGGGGGACGGUGAUCCUUUCUAUGAGGUGAUGGGUUUAGUAACGCUUGGAGAUGUAAUCGAAGAAAUCAUCAAAUCGGAAAUCCUCGAUGAGUCAGAUGAUACAGAAAUCAAAGUGAAGAAAAAGCCUCCCCCGGUUGACUUUCUUAUUGAGCGCAAGAAAGAAGACUUUUCUUUUUUUAAGGUGCCUGAUAUCGACCUAAAGGUCAAGAUUUCACCUCAGCUUUUAUUAGCAACUCAGCGCUUCUUAUCCAGAGAGGUGGAGCUGUUCAGCCCCUCAAGGGUCUCUGAGCGAGUUCUUUUUCAUCUACUCAAGCAUCCCAGUGUCAACCAGGAGGUGAAGUUUGAUGAAAAUGACAAACUAGCACCUGAGCACUAUCUGUACCAGCGAAACCGGCCUGUCGACUACUUCAUUCUUGUGCUUCAGGGCCGAGUGGAGGUGGAAAUUGGCAAGGAGGGUCUGAAGUUUGAAAAUGGAGCCUUCACAUAUUAUGGCGUUUCUGCACUAACUGUCCCUUCGUCUGUUCACCAAUCACCAGCUACUAGUGUCAAGUGGAGUCAACGAGACCCGUUCUCCAGGGACCUGUUGGAAGCUGGGGAGAAUGCGAACGUAUCCAUGUACUGCCCCGACUACACCGUACGAGCACUUAAUGACCUGCAGGUUCUAAAGGUUACCCGAAUGCAGUAUUUAAAUGCACUUAUGGCCUCAAAAUUGCAGAGCUCUUCGCCAUCACCAGACACCUUUGAACGGAAGGUGAUGCCUACCAGCCAGGCGAAGUUACUCAAUAAGCAGAAUUUUUCCACAAGCACUAGCAGAAGUAAGUCGCAGACUAGCGAGGAAGACAGCCCUGAGAGGAACGCUGGUGUCUAGUGAAGGAAGCCACAGAGGGUGUUUGUGUCUUCUGUGCCCAGAGCCACACCACUUCAGUAAGCUGCGAGCGUACCGUGUAGUGCCGGCUGGAGCAAGUGCCACCCAGUUUGUUGGAAGGACUGUGUGCAUUUGCUGUUACAAUGCAGAGUUGGGGAAAGAAGAGGUCUUAUUUUUGUAGAUAUUGUGCACAGUGAAAAGACAGUGGAGUGUGUUAUACUUUAUAAAAAAAACAAACUAACGUGACUGAUUCCUCAGAUAGAACUGGUAUCUGUGAUUUUUAGACUUCAAGGUUAUAAUUGUUAUUAAUCUAUUGCAUAUAAUAGAUAAAACUUUCAUCUUGACUUUUGUACCCAUGGUCUACGGGUUCUUGUGCUGUUACUUGAAGACUACAGAAUGAGGAUCUUUUCCAGCAAUAACAAAAUUAAAUACAUCACUUUUUAAAAAUGUUACAAUUGUUAUAUCAUGGUGAAAUCUAGAUUUCAAAAUGCCUCCCACAGUGGCUGUGCUUAAGAAGAAAGAAGCAGCCUUGGGUUGUAAAGUGCUUCGUAGUUAGCUCUUUUUGAAAUCAAAUCACUACUGUAGAGUGGGGAAGAAACAGCGGCAUUGUGACAUUGCUUACGAAACUUGUGAAUUGAGAGAUAAAUAAUAGUGUGGAUGCUAGGAAGGAGUAAGUGAUCUUAUUCUGGCCCCAUAGAAUAUUUUUUAUAAGCUUUAAGUUUAAAACAAUUUCCCCACCCCCAACAAGUGACUGGCUGGAUUGAAGGAGGUUGUUUCACUGAUUGGAUGAAAGAAAGAGGAAACUGAGGAAUUUAGUGAGAAUAGGGCCUUUUUGCCACUUCUACUAUAUUUAUAUUGACUUCUAUUGAUAGUCAGAGCCUCAGGUUACCUUCCCAUCAGAAAGGGGAUCUGCAUGUUCUACAACACUUUUCUGGGAGUGCCAGCCUUGAAUUUCUGCAGACUUCUAUGUGGUAGCUGAUGUGACUGGUGUGAAGCCAAACGGUUCAGAAGAUUAGAAGGGUCAGCUUGCAAUUUCCUGCAUUACACUGGACAACAGAUUUUUUCAAAAGUGUUGCUUGCACAAUUUUUUUUUUGUUUAUGAUAGACCGCUUGAAGCUGACUACAACUAUACUUUCAGACCAAUUGUAUCGCGUAGGAAUUUGGAAAAACAAGAAAUUAACUUCUAUUGAAUAUAAUGCAUUUAUUGGUGCUGACACUUUGCAAUAGUUCAACUAAGCUAAAAAUGUUUUGUUGAUGGUUUUCAUUUGUAUUGUCUGAGGCUUCUCGUUUAAUGUCCAGCAAUAAUCAGCCAGAAUUGAACAAUUCCUGUUACCCUGUUACUGUUUCUCCAUGACUGUGAUGUCCUGGUGAAACCUUUCACCAUGCUCAUCACUGACAGUGCCAAGAUUUGCUGGGAAGCAAUCUAAAUGGGAAUGCAGAAAAUGAAUCUUUACUGACAUGUUGCACUUCAUAGUUUUGUAUGCUUGAAGCAUGUUGUCAACCAACUGCAUGUGGUUUAGUGCUCUGUAGUUGCCAACGAAUUUUUCAGCAACGUCAUUGAACGUCUUCCAUGCCAUUUUCUCCAGUCCUCCUAAAAGUUCUUUGAAUUGCCUGUCAUUGAUGACCUGUUUGAUCUGUGGACCCCCCCAAAAAUGUCUGCCUUAAUCUUGGCAUCUGUUAAUCUGACUUGAAUUAUGAAUUGAAAUAACAAAUAUAGGCGACUUCAAAAAAUGGUGUGUGCUGGGGAAAUUCCAUGGUGAUUUUGAUGAUCAGCAGCCCAAGACCUAUGAUAUAGCCAAAAGUAUUCAGAAAGCAAAAUCGUUGUUGUCCAGUGUAAUUAAUCUUAGGUUUAAGAACACAUUAAUUAAAAGGUGAAGUGAGCUAUGUCAGCUUUCCCCACCAUGCAAUAAGAUGAUCUGUCUUGCAAACUUACUUUGCUUCCUCAUCCACUCUGAUCUUGGAGGGGAGAGUAAAUUGGUAAGAGUUCCCAGUUUCCUGAUGCUGUUUGAAAUGAGAACAGGAGAGUGUUUGUUGUGAUACUUUGUGUAUUAAGAUACAUGUGAUGAAGGCUUCUCUGAGAAUACUCUGAGAUAAGGCAUGACUGCCUCUAGAACAAGGGUUCCCAACCUGGGGUCCACAGACCCCUUGCCUAAUGCUAUUGGUCCAUAGCAUAAAAAAAAGUUUGGGAGACCCUGCUCUAGAAAUACCCCGUGGAGCACAAAAUCAGAGGAAUUUGUGAAUGACUUUCACCCUCUGAGAUGCUGUGUUUGUAAUGACACCCAUGAAUGUAAAUAUACAGUCAACUAGACAUGCACACAUUCUAGUAUUUUUUGUUUGGUAAUUUUAACUGUCUUUGGCUCAUCUAAUUUUUAUGAAAUUUGAUUUGAAGUUAUAAACGGUAACUGUUGAGUACUUUAAGUUUUAAAAACAUUUACCAUAUCCUUCAUUUCUAGACUAUUAAUGCAUCAUUCUUACCUUCUGUGCAAUCUAGUAUCCUGGGCCAUCUUGUGCAGUUAACCUUAACAAAACGGCACUGAUCUAACAGCUUAUCCGAAAGACUAUCUGUGACCUUGCAGUUAAGCCCAUCACCCCUACUGGGGCAUAGGCCAUCAAAGCAACUAGCCAGAGUCCUCUGUCCUGGGCCAGUCUUUCAAAUUGUCCCCAGGUGUAGCCCAUCUUCAAAGGCCUUCUCUUUUAUAUGAAAGACUAGUGACUGGAGAGGUUUGAAAGAAUGGCACUAUUUUGGUAUUUCUGUAGUGGCAGGAGGGAUUCUGCAGUAAUCCUUUGAGAUUCAGGAAUGAAGUUCAGUGAGGCUGCACUGAGUGUGAGUGAGUGUGUGUCUGUGUGAGUGUGCGUGUGAGUGUGUGUCUGUGUGAGUGUGUGUGUGUGUGUUGGUGUGUGAGUGUGUGCGUGUGUGUUUGUUUGUGUAGGUCUAUAGAAUUCACCAUUUCCCCUUGUGUAGAUUUAUCCUGACUCUGUCUCU